CGUUCUGCAAGCAGCCUGGAAUUCGCAUUACUGCUAUCAAGCUAUUAUAUUCAUGGUGAAAGGGAUAACAUGCAAGAUUACCACAGCGAUCGCUGCAGCUAAAUAGCAGAGGUGCCCAGCAGCCGAUCAGCAAAGAUGCCGCUCAGCAGCAGCGAUUAGCAGAGCUGCAGCGACAUCGCGACCUACUAGCGGAGGCACAGCGCGGAUGCCAGUCAACAGCAACAUGGUCUCACAGAGGAAUGGCAGCAACCGGCAGGUGUGGCCAGCAACGGAAGCAACAAGCGCUAGUGACUCCACGUUGCUAGCGAGGUGGGGACUCAUCUCGCCCGACGUCAUCACCGCAGCGCCAGCAACUGACGCGGCCGCUGAGGAUACUGCACGUGAGAUUGCCGGAGACACACGCCGAAUUACAGCGUCAUUCCGGCUCCUCCUCUCUGCCUGUGACGCCGUCUCGGACCACCGACAGAUGUCGAGCAACGAAUGGGAGACGCCGCAGAAGCCGAGUGGAGCUCUCGUUGCAUACCACUGCGGUCACCGCUGACCUGGCGAAAGAGAGUUGCCGAUUACUGUCUAUGAGCUAAUCAGAAGAGGUUGAUAGUAACAACAACGAGCUCUCUAGGUCCCGCUAAGUGGACUCGCUGCCAGCUGCCAAUAAUGUAUCGCGGUAGACACCGCAUUAUAAAUGGCCCUUUCAAAGGCCACACAAAUCCCAUAUUUAUAGUCAGAGCUUAAAAUUUUCUUAAAUUUAGACAUGCAUUUAUAUAUUAGGUGUACAACUUUGCUUC